AUGAACUUAGAAAAUUUACCAUUAUCAGAAAAAACUAAAAAAAACCUUCGCCAAACCGGAUACCACCAAUUAACUAACAUUCAAUUGCAAACUAUUCCUCUGGUGUUAGAAGGUAAAGAUAUUAUUGCUCAAUCCCAGACUGGAACUGGAAAAACUGCCGCCUUCCUUAUUCCCAUCCUCGAAAAAUUAGAAGUAAUUUUCAAACCCCAAGCGCUUAUUUUAGUUCCUACUCGAGAAUUGGCUUUGCAGGUCAGUGAAGAAGCCUGUAAAUUAUCGCCCCAUGAUAAUUUAAAAGUGGUCGCAGUUUAUGGUGGAGGUGGUAGUGAAUCUUAUAAACGGCAAUUCCAGGCCUUUCGCCGAGGGGCAGAUGUAGUAGUUGGAACUCCUGGUCGAAUUAUUGACCACAUUUUUAUAAAAAAAACUCUUCACGUUGACCAUUUAAAGUUUGUAGUACUAGAUGAAGUUGAUGAAAUGAUUGGCAAGGGUUUUUUAAGAGAUAUUGAAAAAAUAAUGAAAAUAAUUCCUAAGUCACGUCAGACCUUACUUUUUUCCGCUACCUUAUCACAAGAAGAAAUAACAAAAUUAGCUCGGCAAUUUGCUCAUGACCCAGUUCUAAUUGCUAACCAAAGUAAUGAUUUACCGAGCAAUACCGAACAUUACUAUUUGGAAAUUAUUUCUCCGCGACAAAAAAAACAAAGCCUAGUUAAUUUUCUUUCGACUAAUCAACUAAACCCAAUAAUUGUUUUUGCCAAUACCAAAAGGAAGGUUGAAGAAAUAAACAACACUUUGCGCGAUAAUCACUUGCAAGUUGAUUAUAUUCAUAGUGAUUUGUCCCAAGGUAGGAGAACUAGAGUUUUUAAAAAAUUUCAGAAGAAGGAAAUUUCCUUAUUAAUUGCUACUGAUAUAGCUGCUCGCGGCUUAGAUAUUAAAGAUAUUUCUUACGUUAUUAACUAUGACUUUCCUCAAAAUCGUGAAUUCUAUAUUCAUCGAACUGGACGAACCGGUCGAGCUGGAGCCAGCGGCAAGGCUAUAACUUUUGUAAACUCUCCCCGCGAAAAAAGUCAAUUACUAUCCAUUGCUCGACAAAGAAACUUUAAAUUAGAAAAGUUUAUUAACUCAGUUAG